CCUGGGCACCGGGGAGCAUGGCGCUGCCCUGCCUGCAGCGCGGUCGAGCUCGUGCUGUUCGCCGCCGCCUUCCUGUGCGGGGCCUUGGCGGCCGCGACGCUCACCCGGACCCAGGGCUCCUUCAGUGGCCGCUGUCCCCUGUAUGGCGUGGCGGCCUUGAACCGCUCCUCCCUGGCUUUAUCCAGAGGCUCAGCCCCCUCCCUCUGCUACUUUGUGGCUGGGGCCUCUGGCCUCCUGGCCCUCUACUGUCUCCUGCUUCUGCUCUUCUGGGUCUACAGCAGCUGCAUCGAGGACUCCCAAAGAGGCCGGAUAGGGCUCCGCAUUGCACUGGCCAUCUCGGCUAUAGCCACCUUCCUGGUCUUAGUGUCGGCCUGUGUCCUUCGGUUUGGCACCAGCUCUCUCUGCAACUCCAUCACCUCUCAGAACGCUACAAUUAGCUGCUCUGAAGCCCAGAAAAUUCCAUGGACACCCCCUGGAACCGCUCUGCAUUUUUACUCCAACCUACACAAUGCUGAAAAUUCUUCUUGGGUCAAUCUGGUAUUGUGGUGUGUGGUCCUGGUGCUCCAGGUCGUGCAGUUGAAGUCUGAAGCCACCCCAUACCGGCUUCUGGAGAGGGGGGACCCUGAAUGGAGCUCUGAAACAGAUGUCCUGGUUGGGCCACGCCUUUCCCCUUCCUGAAGAGCAAGCAAGCUGAGUGCUUCCUGCAGCCAUUGGCUCCCUGCCCAAGUGCCUGCAAUCCUCCUGCCCCCCUUGGCCCUGUUAUGCUGAGAGCCUCAGUUCCCUCGAAGAGGGAAACAUGAAGACAGCCCCCCUCCACCUCUUCUUACAGCUGUUUUUGUACCAGAAUAUUAUUAUAUGACUUCCUUCAUCUUG